UCGAUGGCGAAGUAUCAGCAAGGCUGUUUUUACGCUAAGGUCACCAGGCACGCUACUUCGCGCCCCAUAGAAACACAUGCUUUCGCGAACGUACGAACUUGGGAGGCCUUCGCUCUCCCGUAUGGUUGCUGAAACAGCCGUCCCGUGACCGUAACCGCCGCCAUGACGCAAAGAAACAGUCGCGAGUGACGUCUGCUACGCCUCUGACAGGUGCUCGCGCCACGUGAGUCUCUCGCAGCCAAUAGCAAUGGCGCGUGCAAACAGCGCGAGUGAAGACUCAUCGCCUCGCGUUUCUGCCAGUUUGUACAGCCGGCGAGAGCACCGCUGUGAGGGUCCUGCUUAAUUUUGUCGGCGAAAGCUUUUUUUCCGUCGGCAACAGCGGCACGUUUUAUAGCAGACGGCGUUUCGUAAGCGCUUCCCUUGCUUGCUGUUCUGCCGUGAGCUGCGCUAACUUUGGUGCUCUUUUUUUUUGUUUUGUGAACUCGUUGUUCAGUGCAGCUGGGCUUGACCGCUGACUCUGGGAAGUUUCCCCCGUUUCGUCUUGUAAACACAUUACUCUGGACUUUGGCUUCCACGGGCUAGAACGUCGUUGUUUCGCCCGGCGAAACAACCGUUUACGAUUCUCAGUUCCGGGAGGCUUCUCCUGGCAUUGAUCGGGUUUGCUUCGACAAGCCUUGUGCGGGUCAGGACUUCAUGAGCUACUGAGUAAUACAGAGGAUUCUUUAACGGCGCCUGGAACUUUAUUUCGUUGUGCUCAAGCGCUCAGGCCAAGAGCUGUGUUCUUUCGCACUGGCGUCAUGACGACAGACUGUGCUUCGUCGGCAACAGCUGAACCCUGCCUGGAGGACUGAUCUCAAGGAACGUACCUUACACGGGUAGCAUCUGCAAUGAUCGUCGCACGUCCAAGCAAGGCUGGUGGUAAGUCCGAAGGGCCUCCUGACCGACCAGCUCGCCGGCGCCGAGCAACCGACUCGCCGCCUGGAGACGUAGUCGUCGACGGAAGUCAGAGCAGCACGACGCGGCCGACAUCGCGGCCGACACCGCUGCACCACAAGUGCCCGCCGUCGUGCUCGUCGCCCGCCGACCCGUUCCGCUUCCGCGAGAUGGACAUGCUGACGGAGAUGGGCGUGGCGUACGCGCGCCAGGUGCGAAACGUGCGCCGAGCCGCGCUGGCCGACACCGGUGCCCUGCGCCAGUUCUCGAGUCCCGGCCGCAAGGCCAUCGAGGAGGUGGAGGAGGGCCUGUUCCAAGUGCAGAGGAUGCACAGCCACCUCGUGGCCAGGGCCAACCACUUGGUCUACAGGUUGCAAGAUGUCGUGCUCCAGGAGGAGUCCAACAGACUAAGAAAACAGAUGCACUGGAUCACAACGUUGCCGGCCGAAAAGCAGACUUCACAGGUACGGGAUCGGGAACACGACCUGAUAGUGAGGAUAGUUCGCAUAGUGAACAAGAGGGAUGCCAUCUUGGCCGAGCACCAUGUGGAACAACGCAGGGCUGCAAACGAGCUGCGUCAGAUGGAGAAGGAGUACCAAAGGUGGCGAAGAGCCUUGGGCGAUGAGGACUCCGAGUUCUUGGGCGAGUCGACGGAAACCUACGAUCUUGGCACCCCUUUUCCAGACUGGACACGACCCCCCACUGCGACGGCGGGCAGUACGAAGAAGCCCGCGAGCAAGACGUUCUUGACGUUCCGCAGCUUCAAAAGGCGUGUGGCCAAGACGGUCGGCAAAGUGGCAUCGAAGAAGAAGGGAAAGCGGCCGGCGGUGGCCCAGACGAACACUGAAAUCUGUGUGGCAAAGUUGUGAUGUCCACGCCAGUCUGCAUGCUCAUCAUGUGUCUUUUAAGGACUCAUCUUCGGGGUGCGGCAACGAUGGUGGGCCCGCACCUCCCGAGGCCUGACACUUCCAGCAGUAGUGUGUGCGUGUGUGCGUGCUUGUGUUUCAGGAUGCUGGAAAAUGUCAGGACUGUGCAAAUCCCAGCACUUCAGGCCUUGGAUGAACAAUGGAACGCUUGCAGCCAUGUUGGGUGUCUUCUGUGCUGUGCACUUUUGUCGAUGCAGUUCCUAUGGGUAGAUUAUUUUGUGCAACAGCAGCCCAGGGAAAACGUGUGUUCUGCACUUUCCAAAGCGACUUUCACUCUCUUGAAAACGUUUUCCUCUUGCCGGCAGCUUUUCUACACCCGGGUGCGAAGUGCCAAUCAAAUGUGCCAUCCAGAAAUACCAAAGUCAACAGUGAAAGCAUGUACAGUAUGGCCUGCUGUUGAGAGGAAAAACCACUUAACAUUCUGCAACCAAUUAGUCAACUUCUCUUAAAAGUGCCUGCAGAAUUUUUUUUUUCAUUGCGGAUGCAUGUGUGCUUGACUCAUUGUAUCAGUGACAUUUUGUUGCUAUAUGGUCAACUCUUUCUGUACCCAUGACCAGGAUGGUCCCGGCGAAGAACACCUUGCAGUGGGAAUUGCUGACAAGUAUAUCCAUAAACUUGCUCCUAGUUGAAGUUUUCAACACUAGAUGCCAGCAUUUGUUAAUAUUAAUGGCAUUGUGUGUAGUCUUUCUGCUUAUUACGGAUUGCUUGAUUGCUUGCAUUGGCAACAUGGCUGUCCUGUGCACCCAAUUUUGUGGAAAUUUGGCACUUAUUUUUUGUCAUUUCUUGAGAGAAAAUAUGUGCCUGCUUAGAGCCGGCCAUACGGUACGUGUGCCAAUGUAAAUUUUGUUACAUUCGCUCAUAUGCUGGUGUGGGUGUCUGGCUGAAGGAUGAACAUGCACAAAUGUAUACUUAAAGGGCAACUCCGGCGAUUUUUUUGCUAUGUCAAGGUAAUGGAAUAUUUAGGUUCCUGCUGUCAUGCAUCUGAUCUAGUAGAAUUGUUCCGUAAAUUUGAAAAUAAUUUUAAAUAAGCAAAAAAGUGCAAAACUGAAACCGAAACUUCACCAAGUAACCGAACGAACCUCUUUGUGUGUCAUCACGAGUGUCUCCAGAGGGGAAGGUGCGCAAGGCAUGCCGGUCUCGCCUGCCGGUCGAACGAAAUCGGCGAAGAGCAGCUCAGCUGGUUCGUGACCUCGGAUGACCAUGUGAGCUGCGUCAGCUUUUCGGAUUUGUCAAACGGAGACGGGUACUAUUCUGGCGAAUUGAGUAACCACGAAUCCCCGUUUGCAUCUGACCCGCUGCCACAAGAGCCAGCAGACAUGCGCUGCAUAUCGUGUCGCAACACGAAGGCCAAGGGCAGCACCUAACCACAGAUUUUAUACGUGCUGCUUGCUAUGUUCGGCUUUUUACCCCUUCUCAGGGAAGCACUCUACAUGCCCACUGUAAGACGUGGAGCACGACUUCUCGCAUUUGUAUCCCACAAGAAUGCCGCUGACAGUCCAAAGCACCGACCGGUGCAUUUGUUUACAUUGGCAGUAGAGCAACCCCACUCGUUGCCAGCUUGAGAUAUAAUGCUAGCUGGUCAUCAUUGACAUCAAUUAAUGUCAGAACAUAUAAACACAGGCAGAUUUUCUGCAUGUAAGCAGCGCUGAUAUGAGCCGACCACACAACUUUGAAAACAGCGAGCGGGAGACCGUAGUACUGGAGCGUUGUUAUGCUGCCUACUUAUCAUUCUUCAUAUUUUCUUCAUGCACCCAAUGUGUUCCGUAAUGUAGACACAGAUGAGGACUUCGUGCAUAUGAUCACUCGUUUAUAGAACGUAUAGUUUUCUUGUGGUAACGCCGAUGCCAGUAUUGACGCCGUUUGGCAGCUGAAUGAGGCAGUUGUUUGCGCUGCUGCAUCGAAGGGGCCUAUGCUUGCUGCCCAUUCGCGAUACGAAGCAAGCAGUGCACCUCGAUAUCUAAAUAAUGAGUCUGCAUGACAAUACAUAAAAAUACACCCAUGUUCCUAGUCGCGUAUAAUUUAGGGAGCUGCCGGUAAGUGUGGCUGGCAGCUUUCCGUCAAAAACGGCAAUGUACUGAUGUCAGUACUGCUCCGUGUUGUUGCUUCUCGCUUUUUGUGUGUGCACUGCACAAAAUUUGGAACAGUUUAUUUCAAAUUCAUAUGUUCAACACUGAACUACAGAAGGCGUUUUCUUCAUCCUGAUAGCUUAAUUAGCUUGAGGUCAGUAGCUCAGGUCUGCCAGCAGUAGGCGCAUGAACUACGCGACUGUGACACACUGCCUUAACCUCGGCUGAACGCAAUUGGCAUCGGCUCACACUGUGUGUGUGUGGAUGGCGAGGGCAGAAGUUGGUGCGGCCAACAAUGCAACACCACUUGCCUCCCAUCUCUUGCCCACCCACAAGGAACGCAACUUCACGUGACAACAACUUGUCACGCCAUGCACUAACUCACGAUCGUUGACUUCUCGACAUUCUCGUCGCUCUCUUCUGCAUGAUCCCGGCAUUCUCUGCAUGGAACACUCCUAACAUCACACACAAUGUGGCCUGUAACUGAGGAGGAGGUAAGGUAAGGCUUUCGAGGAAAUUAAUUCAUUUGUAAAAAAUCUGUGUGAUUCUGAAACCUGCUUUUUGAGGACAUGACAGAAGUGUUCAGGGAAACAUACCCAGCAAAUUUCAUUGACAUCUGUUGUCAUCAAAAAAUCGCUGAAGUUGUCCGUUAAACUAGUGUUCCUAAAAUGCCAAAGCAACGGAAGGUUCAUGAAAAGCGAUAGUGAAAGCACGGGUGGACUGCAGGUUAAUUGAGAACAUCAGUGGACCUUUAAACAAGCGCCGAAAUAUAAGUGUGUGUUUUUCCCACCACAGUGGUUAUGUUUUGGUGGGAACAAAGUGCGAGAAUGUUUGCAUAACAUGCUUCGUGCGCAUAUUAAAGAACCCCAGAUAGGAGAGAUCAACCGUUCCAUUAUGGCAUGUCUCAUAACCUGCGUGUUGCCUUGUACUUUAUUGUUGCUCAAUUCAAUGCAGUUUUUCCACUUCACCCCUGUCAAAAUGCUUUUGCAGUGGUUGGGCAUCAAACCAGCAAACUUGCACUUGGCAGCCAAACACCAUAGAUGCUGAACCUCUGCAGCAGGUGUUAUAAUUUUUUGUGUGCAGGGUUGUAGCAGGGAUGCGACAGCUGUACACACAUUUUCACAUGCCUGCUGCGUUUGCAAAGCAGUGACAUGAUGCCUGCUUGUCGCAGAUGUGUGUGAUGAAAAUGUUUCUGUGGCCUUUUGUCGUGAUGCUGCCGUGUGGAAAAGUGCAUGCGCCAUGCAUCGCAAACAGUGCCUUCCAUGAGCUGUUCAAAAGCUAACCAGUUGUCUUUUUUGCAUGUUCAGAGCUGUGUGUGUGUGUGAGCAUUUGUGUUUACGUAGCGUUGUGGUAUUUAUGUCUAUACAAAAGCUGUGGUAUGUGUUAAGUUUAUACUUAUCUGCAAGCGUACCCUGUCAGAACGUAAAGUGUCGCACGAGCAGACACCAUGUGAUGUUAAUAUUUUUUCUGCCGGGCAUUGCUAGAUGGAGAAGUCCAUGGGGGCAUUACUAGUAGUCAGAGACUGUCAGUGAAUGCACUGGUGAUAAUUCAUUAGUACUACAUGGCUGCCUUAUAAAUGUGUACGAGGUUUGGUGUUGCAAUAGUGCCUGUGCGGCAGACAAACUUCACUGCGUGGUCUUCGUUGCCACAUAAGGCACUUGCCAGUUACCCACUGACCGCAGCCCAUAGUGCCUUUGAAAAAUUAGUUUGCCUAUUAUUGAGUGCCUUUUCUUUUUUUUUGCUCAUGCUAAACAGUCUUCGAACUAUGAACAUGAUGCCCCGCGUCAUCCUCCAGCAUGGUGUUCUCUUCCAGAAUAGCUUCAAGCAUAGCCACAAGAAGGUUAAGAAGCGUGCAGUUCACAGAAGCAAGGCAGAGUUAAUGGUGAAAUGCAUAGUACGACGUGGCAUCCGAUAUGACGUGCAGCUUGCCUGAAAGACGGCCGCCACAGCUGGUGGAAAUUUGUUUGGCGUUGAUAUGACUAUCCGUACCGUGCAUUGCUGGAGGAGUCUACCAUGUGUCCCUAGUUGAUCCCAUAAUUUGCUAGCAUCCUGCUUGUAAUGCCAGUUGCAUCUUGGUGUUGAUCUCAAAAUGGCCAUUUGAAUGCCGGUAACAUCUGGAGUCAUCGGCCGUUGCCAUAUUCUUGGGAAAUAUUGAUUUCACAACAUGCAUCGAGAGGCUGCUUGCUCUAUAAAAUAAAUAAAUUUAUUUAUUUGUAUAUACUGCAGCCCUAUUUGGCUAUUGCAGGAGUGGGUAUGAAAGCAGAACAAUGACAAAUAACAAAGGUAAUAUGAACAAUACAGACGCAAUGAAACUAACUACUUAUUCAAUGGUCGCUAAAAAUAAGUUCAGAAAUAAGUUAAAUAAUAGUGUUAAAUAUAGUGAUAAAUAAUACGUUCAUAAAUGAAUCGGCUACCUUCUCCCACAAAAAUCCCACAGACAACAUAAUCCUAGGCAGCCUCUUAUUGUUUGCGUCUGUGAAAGCAAACGUGUGCCAGUGACAUUGUAAGCAAACGCUACCUUUAAAUGUUUACAAUGUGUCCCAGCUAUGGUUUUUUUUCUAAUUCUUUGCGCACAUUUAUAAAUGUGCUUUUACACCACAACAUUUCCCUCCCGUGAUCCUUUGUCAUAAAUUACGCCUACUAGAGAGCUCAAUGGUUGCUGGCUCUGACUCGGGAUGUUGUGGUAACAGUUACGGUCUUUCACUAGGGCAUUUUGCAGAGCUGGCUGCAUCUCUUUGUACAAUCAGUCUUCGAGUUACCUUUACUAUAAUGUGCAGAAAGUUUUGCAAGGGCUCACAGUUGAAUACUGACAUAUACUGCGUGCUGGUUCUGUGCAGCGGAGUAGUUGGCUGCAAGAAUUUAUGGGACAUGAGACAUUGCGAAAAAGUGCUACAAAGCCUGGACACUCGGGCUCAAAUUCAAAGUUUUGGCUUGCAUGAAGCCUUUGCAACCUACAAACGAUGCAUUAAAUUAGAAUCGCCAUUGUUUAGCACCGUAGAAAUUUGCAUUUGUCGUGAAACCCAUGUCCUGUAAAAUUUUGCACCCGACUCUACCUUACAUCGAUGCCAUGUCGACUGUCAAAAUAGGCCACCGCCUAAUUUUAGUUGCGACUAUUGCCUCUAUUUCUGUACGCCUCCGCUGUGGGAGCCCAAAACUGAAGCACUGCCUUUCUCAUGGCCAGAUUUUUCUUUCCCUGAUGUUGUGUGGACGUUCCGUGCUUUCUCUUUGCUGGUCACUUUAGUUUUGUUGGUCGCUUUCGCUAGAUAUAGCCUUUCACUCCGUGCCUCGCGCAACAGGCAGCUUCCAAGUACAUGUGAUCAUGCAUGCUCUAUGUUCCAGUGCUAACAAUACACCUCAGAAGAAUUGUGUGCCAUUUUUAGACCAAAAAGAAAAACUGGCAUUUAUAUGAAAUCGAUAAAGACUGACCUAAGCAGCAUGGCAUUAAAUUGUUGAGAACAAAAUUAAUGAAACGUUUUAUGUGCUUGAAAAAUUCCCACAUUAUGUAGGUGACAAUACCCAAAAGCUUCACUUCAUGUUUGUCUCCCCCGUAUUUUAAGAUAAUUUGAACCCAUUGGUGCCUUUAACUUGGCAUGGAAAUUUCUUUUUUAUUCCUAAGUGCACACAGGGCAACAAGCCACACUACGACUGCGACCUAUGUCGUAAAUUGCAACGAGCCACCUGUCGCAGCUUAGCGAUGUGUUGUCAACAUAUUUAUCCACAAACCUGUUUUGGGCAUGAUUUAGACCGAGUUUGGGUCUGCGUAUGUUAUUCAUGGUUCUGUUUAGAGUGUUGUUGUACUCUGCCUUGGAAAAUUCAAACGCGGACGUCUGGUCUCUUGGGCUGUGACGGGUCCACUGUUACUUUGUGCACAAAACGUUCACAAAUGUGGCCUCUUCAUGCGAAUCUAUGUUGUUACGAAUCACAGCAGUGGCUGUUGCACAAUUUGAGAGUCGACUUUUUAUGCAUAAUGUUUUUAUUUGUUUCACUUUCGGCACCAGAAAUUGCCCUAGUCACCAACAUGGUGUUGCUCUGUCACUUGCGAUGUUCAGCAAAGAAGUAUUUUUAUCAGAGUGAACGUUGAGCAUUGCACAAAAUUCAGAAAUAAAUUUUCUUUGAGAAUA